CUCUGUUGGCCAGUGAGCGCGCGCGUCAGCACCAAGGCAGCACGUAGCCGGCGUCAGCUUCAUUCACUGCAACCUGAGGCGAGUUGUAGCUUUUAUAUAACUCAACAACGACUCGGAGAAAAGCAGCACAUCUCCUCAGAACCGGGCCAGAACCGAUCAGACUACCGCUUCUCAUUCAGAUCUGUAAUUUCGUGCCUUAACUGCUUUUCCACGUCGAUGUCAUGCGUCAGGUCAGCUGAGCUGUGACCUUUGACCCUCUGACUUCCUCCAUGUCAGGUGAGUCUGAGCUGAAGUCGUACCUGUCAGGGGGCGGGUCUGAAGAGGAGGAGGAGAGCGGGUCUCCCUGCGGCACCAUGUCUCAUCUGCACAAAAUGGGCGGAGCAUCAGAUGGGAGCGACAGUGGAAACGACCCACCCACCUCCCAGAGAUCCCGCCCACCGCUUCAUGAGGACAUGGAGAUGGGCGGGAGCGGCUCGAGCGGGAGUGGCACGGAAUCCCAUGGCAACGAGUCGCAUGGCAACGAAUCUGUAGGAAGUUCAAGCGGCAACAGCAAAGACUCGGCUCUGUUAGUAUCAUCAGCCAGCAACAAGAGUUCGAACUCUCAGAGUCCGUCUCCACCCAGCAGCUCCAAUGCCUACAGCCUGGUGAGCUCAGAGCAGGACAACCCAUCCACCAGCGGCUGCAGCAGUGAGCAGUCUGCGAAAGCCAAAACUCAGAAGGAGCUCUUUAAGACCCUGAAGAACCUGAAGCUCCACCUGCCUGCUGAGAAACGCAGUAAAGGUCGAGCGAGCACAUUACACACACUCCGUUACGCACUGCGCUGCGUCAAACAGGUUAAAGCUAAUGAGGAAUAUUAUCAGAUGUUGAUGAUAAACGACAGCCAGCCGCCAGGUCUGGACGUUUCCUCCUACACCAUCGACGAGCUCAACAGUAUCACGUCUGAAUACACACUCAAAAACACAGAUAUCUUCGCCGUAGCCGUGUCCCUGAUCACGGGGAAGAUGGUGUAUAUAUCGGAGCAGGCGGCGGCGAUCCUGCACUGCAGUAAGGACGAGUUUAAGGACAGGAAGUUUGUGGAGUUUCUGACGCCGCAGGAUGUGAGUGUGUUCUACAGCUUCACCACUCCGUACAGACUGCCCUCAUGGAGCAUGUGCACCGGGGCGGAAUCAUCAGCUGCAGAUUUUGUUCAGGAGAAAUCUUUCUUCUGCAGAAUCAGCGGUGAGAAGGAGAAGGAGGGGGAUCUUCAGUAUUACCCGUUCAGGAUGACUCCGUAUCUGAUGAAGGUUCAGGAACCAGAACUGUCAGAGGAACAUUUCUGCUGCCUCUUGCUGGCUGAGAGAGUACACUCCGGAUAUGAGGCACCCAGAAUCCCACCAGACAAAAGGAUCUUCACUACGACACACACCCCAAACUGUGUGUUCCAGGAUGUUGACGAGAGGGCGGUGCCUCUGUUAGGGUAUCUUCCACAGGACCUGAUUGGGUCCCACAUUCUUCUUCACCUUCACCCUGAAGACAGACCACUGAUGCUGGCUGUGCAUCGCAAGAUUGUGCAGUAUGUGGGUCAGCCGUUUGAUCACUCCUCCAUGCGCUUCUGCACGAGGAAUGGUGAAUAUGUUACCAUAGAUACCAGCUGGUCUAGUUUCGUCAGCCCCUGGAGUCGCAAAGUGUCCUUCGUCAUCGGAAGACACAAAGUGCGCAUGGGCCCUGUGAACGAGGAUGUGUUUUCAGCUCCUACUUUCACAGAGGGAAAAAUCAUGGACUCGGACAUCCAGGAAAUCUCAGAGCAGAUACAUAAAAUCCUGCUGCAGCCUGUACACUGCAUGGGCUCCAGCGGUUACGGGAGUCAUGGCAGCAACAGUUCCCAUGACCACCUGACCACACCCAGUGAAAGCAAUAGCAACAGCAACACCACCGAGGAGACCAACAAGAGCAAACCGAGGUCAUUCCAGGAGAUCUGUAAAGGUGUUCAGCUGCUGAAGACGCAGGAUCAGCAGGCCUCCACUUCUAAAGCAGACCAGAAGAAAGGCACAGAGCGUGAGUGCAUGUCAAGAUUAAAGUGUCCAGGAGUGAAGCAGAAAGACACCCCAGUGGUAAGAGGUGGUACUGCAGCCGUGGAGGAGCUCCAGGACCAAACCUUAUACUCCUACCAGCAAAUUAGCUGCCUGGAUAGUGUGAUCAGAUAUUUGGAGAGCUGUAACACGUCUGUCACGCCGAAAAGGAAGUACCAGUUCUCCUCCAACACGACCUCCUCUAACUCUGACGAAGAGAAGAAAGCGUGUGCCGGGGCGAUGUCCAGCCCACAAGUAGGUCUUUUGAAGACCAAUAAGAAGUCUCCAUCUGAUGUAGUGGGUGGGGCUUUGGCUCCUUUGGCUCUGCCCACUAAAGCAGAGAGUGUUGUAUCCAUCACAUCUCAGUGUUCUUACAGCAGCACUAUUGUACACGUGGGGGACAAGAAACCACAGCCAGAGUCAGAGAUCAUUGAGGAUGUUGCUGAAAGCCCCACCCCUCCUGUGCCAGUAAGUCUGAUGACUCCGCCCACAGCCGAGCAGGGACCCUAUAGGAAACUGGGCCUGACCAAACAGGUGUUGGCGGCUCACACGCAGAAGGAGGAGCAGGCGUUUCUGAGUCGCUGCAGAGACCGGAGUCUCACAUCGCUGCAGAAAACCUAUUCGGACCGCUCCCAGAGGGACGGGGGGCACGGUAACCACGCGCCAUCUUCUGCCAAACCCGGCACAUCCGGGGCAGAUCCGACCACCAAAAAGAGCGGCCGGACCAGAAAGUCAAAGAAACCACGGAUAAGAAAACCCGAAUCGUCGGACAGCGCCGUCUCUCAGCGCAGGCUCCGCCCACCUCUUCAGGGACUGAACCAGACAUCAUGGUCGCCAUCGGAGGCAUCUCAGUCUGCGUUCUCAGUGCCAUACCCCGCCAUGAUUCCCGGUUACAAUUUUUACCCGGCUACACUGCCCCCUGCUGGUGACCGCGGUUCAGAUGCCCGAACCACUCAGGCUCCGCCCACUGCUCCCCAAUUCCCAGCCCCAGUGGUCACACCGAUGGUGGCAUUUGUUUUACCCAGCUAUAUGUUCCCUCAGCUCGGCAUGUCAGCAAGCCCACCUUUCUACCCCGAGCAGCAGCCAGGUGUCGGUGCUCAGCAGCCGAACUACAACCCCCAGAAUCCCUUGCAACCUCAGCAAACACAACCAAACUACACUACCCAACAGCCUUUCCAGCCUCAACAAGACUACACUGUCCCGCAAGCAUUUAUGCCCCAACACGUCUACGUUACCCAGAAUCCUUUUCAACCCCAAGCUCCAUUUCAACCCCCACAGCCAUUCCAGAUGCAGUUCACUCCACAGACACCACUCCCAUACCAGAUGACCUCUGACCCCAGGCUUCCUGUUCCCGAAUCGGCCGAGGUCCCUUCCCCGUCUCCUCUCUCUUGCUCUCCGCCGCUGUUCGGGUCUCACUGCAGCUCUCCGUUACAGCUGGACCUGCUGCAGCUGGAGGACAAAGCGGACUCGCACAGCACGACGCCACUGUCAGGUGCCCGGGGGAACUGCAGCUCGGCGCAGGAGAAAAGUAGCAGCACUGCAGACGUGCAGCAGCCGUGUUGUGUUGAAGACGGAGGUCCGAGUGACGCUCUCUCCUCGUCCAGUGAGCUGAUGGAUCUGCUGAUGCAGGAGGACUCUGGAUCGGCCACGUCUGCAUCCACAGGCUCCGCCUCCAACGGCUGCAACACCUCCAACAGUGGCGCAGGGAGCAGCAAAUAUUUCGGGAGCGUGGACUCUUCUGAGCAAGAGCACAAGGAGAAAAGGAAAGAAGACGGACAAAACUUCAAAUAUGUCCUCCAGGAUCCUCUCUGGCUGCUGAUGGCCAACACCGACCAGAACGUCAUGAUGACCUAUCAGGUGCCGUCACGGGACAUGGAGAAGGUGUUACGGGAAGAUCGAGAGCGUUUGCGGCAGCUGCAGAAGAACCAGCCACGUUUCACUUCAGAUCAGAGGCGAGAGCUCCGAGAGCAGCACCAGUGGAUGAGACGAGGUGGUUUACCUAAAGCCAUCAACAUCAAGGAGUGUCUGUACUGUGAGAACGAUGCCGGCGCUCCGUUAGAAGAUGAUCUGCCUGAAAUGGAACUCGGCGUUCUGGGAGGAGAGGCGUUGGCAGAAGAGGGCGUGUCUCACAUACAGGAAGAGGAGGAGCAUGUCUUAUUAGACUGUGUUUCCUAGCAAUUUCAAAAACGAAAACACGUAGCAUGCUUUCAGACAGUGGGAUCUUCCAGCUCAACACACACACACACACACACACACACACACACACACACACACACACACACAACACUGCCUAGACAGACUUUUUUUUAUUGCCAAAUAACUUCCCUUUACCUUUGAUCUGUGUGUGUGUGUGUGUGUGUGUGUGUGUGUGUGUGUGUGUGUGUGUGUGCGUGUGCGAGACACUCCUGAGCGAGCAGAUCAGAUCAUUAACACUAACACUGUGGUACGAGGAGAGAAACGUACGCGUCAGAAUUUCUGACACCGAAUGAAACGUAUUUAUUUAUGAACUCUGGAGAGGAUUUAAAAUAAAAUAGUGCAGUGCGUAUAAACUAUACGCUGUGUUUAUUCUUCACGCCACAAAACUCCAACAUUUACACACAGGACCAGUUUUGUUGUAAAACAAAUCUAUGAUGAAAGUUGAAAACAAAAGACUUUAUUCAUCAUUUUAUUUCUGUUACUCUGUAAUUGAUGAGAUUCAGCGGUUUUUCAUCAGGACUGCGUUUAGGGUUUUUUACAUUCCUGUUUGUGAUGUUUGUUUUUAUUCCGUGUUUACGGUUAGCUUCAGUUGCAGGGAAAGACAGUCCGGUUAUUUAAACUCUACUGCGAAAGUGCUCUGAUUGGGUCAGACCCGUGGUUCUGAUCCGUGGUUCUGAUGAUCCAGCCGACGAUCUCUUACUUCCUGUGUGCUUUUAGUAGUUUUGUGGUGUAAAGGAUGAAUAAUGAACGACAGAACGUGUGAGCGCUGUACUGUUUUAUUCAACUCGUGUGACUGUUUAUUGUUUUUGUUUGUUUGAGUUUAUUUUCGUCUAAAGUGUGUGACAACAACGAUCAGAACAACCUCUUACACUGUGAACCUUUUUCUUCUUCGUUUCUUACUCGAGUAAAAAUGUGAUUUUCUCUCUCUGUGUGUGUGUGUGUGUGUGUGUGUGUGUGUGUGUGCGCGCGCGUGCACGCCACUACACUGGUGGCCUACAUCCUCUGUACACACUGAGUGAUAAUCACACACCAAUACGGAGUUUAAUCCAGUUACAGCUCUCAUCGUGGAGAGCCGAAUCGGCCAAUCAGCUUCCAGCUCUUCAGGAAGUACUUGCUGUGUUUCUCAGCCGUCUGUUUCUAAACUCGUCUGCUUCCUCUAACGCCUCGAGUCCUAAAACCUGCUCGUACCACCCUGAAGCUGAUUAUUUUCCUCCAACGGCGCGUCCCUGAGUGUUUUAUUCCUCUUACACCACAGCAAAAUACCAACAAUUACAAUUAUUUAAAAUAACAAUGUAUUAAAGAACAUGUCAUACCUUUCAUCCAUUUAUAGUUACGUUUAGUCUUGUGGAACAUCCACUUUCUCGCUUGUGUUACAGCAGCUGUGAACACUCGCUCCCUCAGCAGCGUCUCUGUAUUCUCUCAAAAUCGCAGCUUGUUACGAGUGUUCCCGAAAAACCGCGAAGAAGCGUCAACUCCCCUGUCCUGAAGAAUUUACAGCUUUACCUCUGACUGUUACAAAGUGCUGACACUGGAGACUCCUUCCAUUACAUUUACACAAAACCUCACAGAAUGGACCAAAUGGACAUCUCUCUCUCUCUCUCUCUCUCUCUCUCUCUCUCUCUGUGUCUGUCUCUCUCUCUCUCUCUCUCUCUCUGUCUCUGUCUCUCUCUGUCUCUGUCUCUCUCUCUCUCUCUCUCUGACUGUUUCAUGCCUCUGUACUUGGUGCUGAAACUGAGACUCGUGCUGUUACGCUCUUUAUUUUCACUCGAUUUCUGUUAUAGUUUGUUUUAUAAAAUACAAUGCAUUAAACUGAGAAAGUGAAGAUGGAA